AUGAGCAGGUUGCUCGUUGCCCUCUCCGUCUUCACCCUUGCUGCCCUCGCCGCCUUCUACUAUGCCGUUCUAGAUACCUACUCCUCCCUCUCGCCCCAAGGAUGCCGCAUGUCAUGGAUGUGGCCAGGCUACAUCCUCCAAAACAAGUUUGAUCCCUCAUGGACGCCUUUGGCUCGUCGCUACAACCUCUGGUUGUACCGCGAAGGCAACGACUUUGAGAGCCAUGAGCUGCACGGUGCACCCGUACUCUUCAUCCCUGGAAAUGCCGGGUCCUCGCACCAGGUUCGUUCAAUAGCGUCCUCGGCUGCACACCAGUACUUCUCCGCCCCGUCCCAUGUCGCCGACGAGUUUGCGGGAGAAGGGUACAAGGGGCUCGACUUCUUUGCCGUUGAGUUCAACGAGGAUCUCUCGGCCUUCCAUGGUCCCACUAUCGAUACCCAAAUAGCAUAUGCAUCUAAAGCCAUUGACUACAUCUUGUCACAAUAUCCCACAGGAACCUCCAUCAUCGUUAUGGGUCACUCUAUGGGUGGUGUCGUUGCUACGGCGCUCCUACCAAACCCCAACAUCUCCGCCGUCAUCACUAUGUCGACCCCUCACACACUCCCUCCUGUUAGGUUCGACCGCCGCAUAGAUCAUAUCUAUGCAGAAAACCACAAACGUCUGGUCUCUGAUCCGACGCCUAUCUUGUCUCUCUGUGGCGGCGCUCCAGACUUGAUGAUCCCUUCAGAGGCGUGCAUGCUCCUGCCGUCUGUUAUACACUUCCCCUCCUCGCUAUACCGACGAACGGUCUUCACCAGUGCUCUAGAAGGUUGCUGGACAGGUGUCGGGCACCUGGCUAUGGUAUGGUGUCACCAGGUCCGCUGGCGCGUUGCUCGUGCAGCUUUGGACAUCGCGGCUGCUGGCACACUCGAAGGACGGACGGCGGCUCUAGACAAAUGGUUGAAAGAUGAUCAAAUCCUGCUCGUACGCCAGCCCGAGGAAUCCACAACCUACAUCUUGUCAUUACCACCUGCACAUGACGGACGGUCUUCUGCAACCUUUGUUCUCUAUGCUUCGCGGGGCUCGAUUGCCUCAAUAGCUCCCCAAAAGCCAUUGCCCUUCCAUGUCAAUGUCCAUCACUGCCGUAACCCGAGUCCAUGCUCGCCCCUUGCUCCCAAACUUCUUAAGCUCCUUCCAAGCCCAAUCGCGGGGUCUCCUUUCCCGGUUCCAGAUGAAGGUUCGGAUGAGUCGGAAGGUAUAGUAUUAUUUGAAGCAGAUUUGUCACUGGCCGAAGGAGGCGAUGUGAUGGUUACCCUGGAGGAAGGAAACAAGCACGGAUGGGUGCUCGGUGGGUUCGUCAACGGGGAGCCUGAAAACGCUAACGUUGGUCUGUUAAGCUUGCUCUUCAGCAGCUGGGAAGUAGACGUGCCUGCCGGCAUCAGAACGCACAUCAACAUUCCGGGGCUCCUAUCCAACUCCCUUCUGGUUUACUCCAUCACACCCGUUGUGGAUCAAAGCUCUGACUGUUCAUCCAACACUGUUCUCCUGCCGUUGCUCGAGCAUAGCUCAUCCCCCGUCGAAACCCACUACUAUCCCUUGGCCCCCGGCUUUGGACGCCCUCUCCUGCUGCACUCACAUGCUGCGGCACCUUAUAUCUCUUCCGUCAACCCACGGGGCCACACACUCACAAUCUACUCGUCCGGAGAAUGCGCAGUAGAGAAACUAACAAUUCGCGUGGAUUGGUGGGCGACCAUUGGGAGGUGGGGCACCAGGUACGGACCGGCCGCAGCUUGCUGGGCCGUAGGUAUUGCCAUCAUUCUAGUAUGGGACACAUGGGGGAUAGCAGAGCGAGGUGCGGCGAUUCCAGACGUCAACGGAUCACUGGAGUUUUUCGCGCGGAGACGCCUCCCAGCAUUGUCAGCCUUAUCUUUGCUGGUCUCCCUUCUGCCUUUACGCGUGGGCCUAUGGCUAGGGAACGCGGGCGAACCUUCCUUUGCGUUGCUGUCGACGCUGUUGCUUCCUAUCUCCUUCGGACUGGUCUGCAUUAUGUGGUGGCUCCUUCGCAUUAUACUCUGGCCAUUCCAACGUAUACUGAGGGUAUUCCCAAGACGCAGAGAGGAUCUUGCCCUUCGACGACGAACCUCAGCCCUGUUGUCCAUGGCUAUCAUAUUCCUUCUCAUUUUCGUCGUGGUGCCCUGGCAAGUGGCGUUCCUUGGCUGCUGGCUUAUUCACCUCUACACUUGCGCCUCUGUCCUGUCUGAGGUGUAUUCUACUCCUCCCGCCUCGUCUGCCCAGUCGUCGCCUGACGCAAUUCCCCUGGUCUCAAUGUCGUCCGAAAGCCAAGAGUUGGAUCAACCAAGCGCAGAGGCAAGAGGGAUCCCUCCAGCCGACCUUCCGUGGAAUCAACAAGUGAACGCGCAUUUGCAUAUCCUCCUCCUCAUGACCUGGCUUCUGCCACUGGUCGCUCCAGUGUUAGCAGUAUGGGUCCGCACGCUGGUCACCGCCGGCCUCACCACGCCGUUUGACGGCGACCAUAAUUUCCUCUACGUUGCCCCCUUCCUCGUCCUAGUAGAAGUUUUGGGCAGUGGAGCCGCAGGUACUGGCAUCAAGGUUCUGUUCACCGGUCACAUCCACGAACGUAUUUCGCCGCGGUGGGGGAUGGCAGCGGUUGCUCUGGUCGCUUUCUUCGCAGCAAGCGUGGCGAUGGGCUGGGCGGUGAUACAGAGAAUUGGGCCGGUUUAUUGGCGCGGAAGCGUAUGA